AUGAAGAAAGCAGAAACUAAAAGUGCACUGCUCAUUCUACUUGCUAUGCUGAUUCACUUAAUAGCACCAUGCCCUUCUUCAUGCAUGGUAUGCGCUGAAGAUGUUACUCUGUGCCAAGGAUUAACAUAUAUACUAGCUGCUCCUGUAUCUACCCAAGCUUUGAUUGUUACUGAUGGAAGUAUCACUUCAGUAGAAGGGUUUAACCUCUCCUUCCUGCUUAAUGCAACUUUACUAAGCCUCAGUACUAAUGGGAUUAAAACAAUUAGUGAUGAUGCCUUCCUUGGCCUUAGAACACUGAAGACUUUACUUCUGGACCAGAACCAAAUAUCAAGCUUUUCUAUCACAUACAGCACAUUUCACGAACUUCAGAAGCUUCAGGUGCUGGUGCUAAGCAACAACAUUUUGAGUACCAUUCAUGGGACCUGGUUCAAGAACACAGAGGCUCUUAUUAGACUCCAUUUAAAUGGAAAUCAGCUUACUAGCAUCAAUGCUGACAGCUUUGAGAUGGCAAACCUUGGCAACCUCAGGAUCCUGGAUUUAUCAAAUAAUUUUAUUAACACUAUUGAAAAAAGAGCCUUCCAUGGCCUGCUUCAACUGAUGGAAAUAGACCUUUCUAGAAACAGGCUAGCUCUUAUCCCUGACACAUUUUCUCCACUUAGUCAAUUAAAACUUCUUAGCUUGGAUCAGAAUUGGUGGAACUGCACAUGCAAACUUUAUGAUUUAGCUUCCUUUCUAAGGAAAUAUGUGAAUUCAUCAAAAAUACUCAGAAAUCCUGAAAACAUGAACUGCAGGGCUUCUGAAAACCCAUCAGUAACAAACCUGCUUGAGCUCACAGAGGUCAACUGUAAAUCUGCACUGAAACAACCACCCAGAAUUCUAAAAGGAGAGAGAAAGAAUUAUGGACGAAACACUGCAUUGGUAGCAGUCUUCUCCUUUGUAGGAGGUGUUGGUCUCACUUGCCUAGUUUUAGCCUUCUUUAACAGGAAACUUCAGCCUGGCAAAGCAAAUGAACACCCUUCGGAAAAUUGCUGUUGCAGAGUCCUAGAUGAAUCCCAAUGUGGUCAUGAGUCAAGAAAUUACCUCACUAAGGGAUACUGUAACUGCCACUUAACUUGGGAAAAUGAAAUAAAAGUUAUGUCGAGAUUGGGGGCAGGUGAGGAAAUGCCAUAUUUACAGAAAAAUAGUCAUCAAGAAACAAUAAAGCCAGAGUGUAAGUGCACAGGCCUAAAAAUCCCGUUUGGAAGCAUUCAAAGUGAGAAUGAGCCUAUGAAAAAAAAUCAUUUCUUAUGCCUUAAGUGUAGAUUACUUCAGUCUUUCCCUCAAAAAUCUUCUGGGAAUAUAGCAGUGACUAAUGAAACAGAGUUACCACUUCAAAAACAUUUCCAAAGAACUCAACAUUCAGAAAACUCUGGGCAAUUUGAGGAAGAUUCAUUAAAUGCAAGAUUAAAAGAUGAUGCAAAUUUCAAUCAAGGAAUCAGAAGUGACACACUGCAAGGAAGAUGUUCAAGGCCUGCCCAUGCUUUGGCAAAGGAGAAGCUUGGGGAAUGUUUAGCAAAUGAAUUGUGUCAGUCUCUCUCUCAGACGGAGUAUGAUGGCUGCUUUAAGUCUUACAAGCAAAGGCAUCUAAUUACAGCCUUGUCAUCAGCAACAGAUACACCAGAAGAGUCAAAGGAACACUGUGCGCAAGCAGCAUUAGAAAGCCACAGAUCACAAUGUGGAUUCUUAGCAAGAAGCAGGAAUAUUUCUCCACAGCUAGACAACCUCUUUAUCUGUAAAUACAUAGACUGUGAUAAAAAUCAAGACUACCCAAAAGUAAAGGAACAGAACUGUGGCAAAAGCAUAAGACUGGAGGCAGAACAGAGUGAAGCUAAGGGCACAAGAUCAGGAGGCUACUGUGUGAAUGCUGCAGAUAUACCAUUAUUACCAACAAUCAAGAAAAUCAAGAAGCCCAAACAGGUUAGUUUUUACAUACCUGAUCUGGCAACUAUAAAGAGGGCGAAUGUGACAACCAGUGGCUUAAGUGAAAAGAGAUUUCCUCAGAACAAACGAUGCCAUGAGCAGAUUCAAAGAAAUCAAUCUCCUUCUUGGGCAAGAUUACUUAGUGAUUCAGAAGCAAAAAUUAAAGAAAGGAAACCAUCUUCCCCUCUCAUGGGUCCUCAUGGGGAAAAAGAGAAUGAACUUAUUCAAAACUAUAAAAUAAACAUGAAAAUACCAAAUUCAUUAACUGUAAAGUUAAAUUUACAUCCUUUUAGAAAAGGAAAAAUCCAGCCGAAAGAACUUCUUCAUAAAAAAAGCUUAGAGCAAUGCUCAUGCGGUCAGCCUACAAGAUUGCUACAUACUUCCAAGAUGGAAGAAAAACAAAAGAAAAGAAAAAAGAAUUCAGAAUAUUCUAUGGCUACUCAAGAGAGAUUCGAAAGCAGCAAAGACAGUAUUUGUAAUAGAGUGGCUGUUGAGAAAAUAUCUGAAGAAACGGGCAAGGAUGUAGAAAUAUCCACUUCUGGUUCUUUUAACAAUUCUCCUGCCUUGAAUAUUAUCAAGGCUUCCUCAUCAACCAAGCAUUUACAACCUCCAACUACUUCCCCUAUAUUCUUAGUAAAUAGAACUUCAAGAAUGACUGUUCCCAUUAUUCCUCUUUCAUCUGGCCACUCACCAAAUAUUUCACCAAAUAUAACAAAUAAUAUUUCUACAUCAUUGAGUUCUAAAAAGCUUAAGAGUGAUACUUCAGAUACUGAAGUCUUUUUCUUUCAUCAGAAUUCUCUGCAAAGGGAAUCAAAAGAAAAAUACCAUUGCCUUUCUCCAGCUUCUUUGAGCCAAGCAGACAAUCUUGACUUUCAGAAAUCCAGCAGUGGAGAUUAUAUGCACUCUCAGCAAAAAAUGGAAAGUAUAAUGCAUAGCAUGAGUGUAGAUCACUUCGGAGACCAACUGUUAAAAGGGCAGAAUGAAAACUUAACUAGGAAAGAUGAACUGGUAGGACAGGAAAAGGUUAAUGAGUCUGAAUCUGUGCAAGAAAAUCUAUCAGGUAUGAAAUCUCAAAAUUUUGUGGAAAUACCACCAUCAAAUGCACACCAGAUUAUCUCAAAAAAGGAUGCAAAUAGACUGGUAUCUCCAGUUCACUUGAGUACUGCAUUUCCUAAUUCUCAAGCCAUUAAAGAAGGGCUACAAAUUAACAUCCGAGAGGAAGAUGAAACCACACAGCAACUGAGAUCGGAUUUUAAAACAGAAAGCAACAGUAACUUGAUUCCAAAUGCACCAAUGGACUCAACGGGCCCGAAAGAAGAAGGAGCACAAACUGGGGAUGAAUGGGACAAUAACAAAGCCAAUGCAUUGCAUAAAAAUAUUGACAAGGUGGCCAUUAUCUCUAAUGCAUUCAGCAUCCCCAGUUCUUCUGAAACUGGAAGCCUAUAUUUAAAUAAAAACAUGGAUUCUCCAAAGAACCAUAAUGUGCAUAUGGAUAAUGACCACAAUUUGCAAAAAAAUCUGGAUAAUCCAUUUGAUGAAGACAGCACAGAACAUAAAGAAGGUAAAAUACCACUACCUACAAAUCAAGAGCCUCCUUUGUUAGCAGAGUUUAAAGAUGUCAUUUAUGAGCAACGAACUGAAACAUCUUUACUUUUUUGCAAUAUAAAUAAAGCGGAAAUCUCAGUUCCCAUGUCUUCACCAUCUCCCACAUCUAUUGAUUAUAAUAAAGUAUUUCCUUUGCAGGUGGAACAAAGCAAAUCAAAUAGUUCAAAUAAUACUUACGUUCUUCCUUAG